UGAAGUGCCCACUGAUCAGGAGCUGGGGAGCAGGCUUGGUCCUGGGCAAGCAGGUCAAGGCGGACAGCGACGCCCAGAUGGCAGCCCGGCUGACCCCGCUGCUGACCCUUCUGCUGCUCUUUCUAGUGGUCCGGGCCGAAGUGAACCAUGGUAGCAGAGCAAAGGAACAAACAAAUAAGAAUGGUAAAUCAUUGACCCAAUCAAGUGGAAAGAAUGAAUCGGAGAUUGAUCUGGAUACCUCUAAAGGCUCCAUCAAACCCCAGAAAAUGGCAAAGCUUAGAAAAACCGAAGAGGAGACUUUCAAGAGACCACCCAAGAAGUCAUUUGUGGAGCCUCCUACAGAAUAUUCCACAAAGCUUCCUACUGACCUCUCAACUCACCCACCAACAAAAUAUCCCACAGAGUCCACCACCCAACCACCAAGUACUGAACCUCCGACAGAGCCCCCCACUCAACCAACCUCCCAGCCAACCACUCAAGCUCCUCCUGAGCCUACAUGCCCAGAACCUGACAUUUCCUGCUCUGAGACUGAAACUCAAGAAGCAGAAAACAUGUUGGGGGCAGCCUUGACAGACUUCUCCCUGAAGCUCUACCAUGCCUUCUCAUCAAUGAAGAAAGUGGAUUCCAAUAUGGUCUUUUCCCCAUUCAGCAUUGCCAGCCUCCUCACCCACAUCCUAUUAGGGGCUGGAAACACCACCAAGGAAAACCUGAAAGAUGUUCUCUCUUACCCCAGUGAUUUUGACUGUGUCCACCAGGCCCUGAAGAAUCUAUCAUCCAGUGGCUUUGUCUCAGCCUCUCAGAUCUUCCACAGCCCUGACCUGGCUUUAAAGGAGACGUUUGUGAAUACCUCCCAGUCUCUGUAUGGCAGCCAGCCAAUGGUUCUGAGUAGUGACAAUGAAGCAAACUUGGCCCUGAUCAAUUCAUGGGUGGCCAACCAGACCAAUAACAAGAUCACCAACUUCCUGAAGAGCCUGCCAUCAGACAUCAGCCUUGUCCUCCUCAAUACUAUCUAUCUUCAAGCCAAAUGGAAGAUGAUGUUUGAUCCCAAAAAAUCUCUCCGGGAGUCGUUUUACCUAAAAUCCUCCAAGGUCAAGGUGUCCAUGAUGAGGAGUGAGAAGUAUCCAGUGACCCAUUUCACAGACUCCAACUUGAAUGCCAGGGUUGGUCUUCUGCAGCUCUCCAAUGACCUGAGCCUGGUGAUCCUGUUGCCUCGGCACUUUGGCCUUCAGCUUGCUGAGGUAGAAUUGAAACUCCACAACCCAGUCUUCAGUGCCAUCAUGGAGAAGCUAGGGAAAAGCAAGAGUCAUCCAACUCUGCUAUCUUUGCCUAGACUCAAGGUGAACACCAGCCAGGACCUGCUGGAGAUCUUGGAGAAGAUGGACUUCUUCGACUUUUCCUAUGGCCCCGACCUAUGCGGGCUGACUGAUGAUCCCGAGGUUCAGGUGUCCGCUGCCCGUCACCAGACUGUGCUGGAGCUGAAUGAAGCAGGAGUGGAGGCAGCGGCAGCCUCGAGUGUCUCCCUAGCGCGCAGCAUGUCCAUCUUCGAGGUGAAUCAACCUUUCAUCUUCCUGCUGUGGCACCAGAAAUACAAGUUCCCUAUCUUCAUGGGGCGCAUAUACGAUCCCAGGAUCUGAGCUUUGGGGGGGCCACUGGGCAGGACCCCCCAGCCUUCAUCUCCACCUUCCAAGGCUGCAGGACACCGGAGAGAGGCCAGCCCACGCCACCACCUUUCCCUGCUUCCCAGCUUCCAAUAGUGGACUUUGGGGCCUGGGCACUGCCCAGUAACUCUUUCAAUCCUCACCCACUCGCUCCUUCACCUUCCUAUCUACCUUUGAGGGCCCGAGUGAGCCCAGCUUUUAUGAAUAAAUUCAGCCAGGCAAACA